AUGAGCGCUUACGAAGCUCGCCGCCUCGAGAACAUCAGGCGCAACCAGAGCCUCGUGAGGGACCUCGGUCUUGAGAAUGGAUUGGCCACAGGCGUCAACAAACCAGCAGUGAUGGCACCAAAGGAACCUGUUGUGAGGCACCGCCGACGUAGGCAAGAUUCAGUUGAGGAUGAACUAGCCAUCGCGGUCAACAACCAAGGAGUAGCACCAAAGAAGCCUACUGUGAAACGGCGCAAGCUUCUGACCGGCCAGCCCCUACGCAGCUCUGCCCGCAUCGCCAGCGCCCCUUCAAGACCUACCUAUAAUGAAGAUGCCGAGGACCAGAUGCCUCCCUCAGUACGCGCGGCGAGAGGGAAACCAACGCCGCGCAGCACUCAGAAGAAUGCAUCAGUACCUAUACCCGUCGGCCCGGAGGAACCAGCUACUCCAAAGCUCGAGACGAUAAUGGCCGGCUGGACUUCAUGGACCCCCUCAGCACUACCCCCGACAAGGGACAUCGAGGGAAAUUACCAUUUCGAGUCCCACCCGACCUUCACGCCCAACAAGUCCCCCGAGGCCAUCAACCGCGAGGGCUGCUUCGGGGGCUCCUAUUGGCGGCCGCUGUACUCGCGCCACCUGCGCACCACCAUCUCCGACGACUGGCGCGAGCUGCCCGAAUCCUGGGUCGCCGGCCUGUCCGUGGAACGCUACCUCACGUCCGAGUCGUAUGAUCCCGAGGUCAACAAGUACGGCGUGGCGUGCGGCCAAAGCAUCGAGGAGUGGGAGGCGGCCGGCUGGAUCGCGCACGACUACGACGUCCGCGGCUGGUUCCAGUGGUAUUGUCGGUUCUGGCUCGGACGGCGCUGCGACGAUGACGAGCGGCAGAUUAUCCUCAAGAAGUAUGUCCAGAAGGGCAUAAGGAGCGUCACCGACGAAGGCGACGAGCUUGGUGAUGACGAGAGGGGCGACGCGACUCAAGAGCGCAUCAUCCCAGGGCCCCAGCAGAAGGAGAGCGCGUCAGCAGAACGCGUCAUCCAGAGCGCUUAUGAGAGCGCCAACGUGGGCGCCAACGAGGGAGAGUCGGCUUCAGAGCGCGUCAUUCAAGGCGUCAGGGAGUGA